AUGAACGGUAACCUUGGUCGCCUUUCUUUUGCCGAGCUGCAGAGGAAGAAGGAAAACAUAGAGGCCGAAUUGAAAGCUCUGGGUGCAGUUCUCGACUCUCACGGGGUUGACAUGAACACACCUCUCACAACUCAAGAUGGCUUUCCGAGAGCCGAUCUUGAUAUUGCUCAAGUGCGCACUACCAGAGCCCGCAUCAUCCACCUCCGCAAUGACUAUAAGGACCUCAUGGCCAUGGUUGAAAAACAACUCCAUGAGCACUUUGCCAGCUUGCAAGAAGAGGAGGUACCCGAAGUCCCGCUCUCCGGGGUUUCCAACACCUUGGCAGAUCAUUCAGUAUCUCGACCGCUGGAGGAACCAUUCGCAAAGGUCAACAGUGUGGUUCCAGGAAGCCCAGCCGAGUCAGCUGGCCUGAAGCCGAAUGACCAAAUCCGCGUAUUUGGUUACGUCAACAGCUCAAACCACGACAAUCUCAAGAAGGUGGCUGAAUGUGUGCAAGGAAAUGAAGGUCUACCUGUUUUGGUCAGGGUAUCUCGACCUGGCCAAGGGGCGCGGGAGGAGCUGCACGUAACACUGACGCCAAGACGUAACUGGGGUGGCAGAGGUUUGCUGGGCUGUCACAUCUUACCUUUGUGA